CCUGUCGGAAAUGACUCCCACAGCAAGUUGUGUGUAGUUCAGUGUGGAGACUCGAGAGGAGGCCACAGCUGUAUCACUUCUAACGUCAGCCACGGACGGCAGCAGCAGACUGACAGCCGUGUCCAGUGAGUGAAGGACGGACCGGGAGAUCAUGUCUCUGGAGGAGUACGAGCGGCACUACGCCUCCCUGAACUCAGAGUCCGGCUGCGAGUCUGUGAGCGGCCGGUCUGCAGCGUCCGGAGGCCUCAGCGGGGAGGAGGACAAGCUGCACUACAUCCCCAUCCGCGUGCUGGGCAAGGGCGCGUUCGGAGAGGCCACUCUGUACCGCCGCACAGAGGAUAACUCUCUGGUGGUGUGGAAGGAGAUCGACCUGAACUGCCUGUCAGAUAAGAAGCGCAGAGAUGUGAUGAACGAGAUCAGCAUCCUCUCCAUCCUGCACCACAACAACAUCAUCGCUUACUUCAACCACUUUCUGGACAAGAACACACUGCUGAUCGAGCUGGAGUACUGCAACGAAUCCCCUGAACCUGUGUGUGAAGAUCGUGCAGGGGAACUGGACCAUGGAGAUCAACUCUGAUGUCUACACGUCUGAGCUCAUCAAACUGGUGUACGAGUGUCUGGACCAGGAUCCUGAGAAACGGCCUACAGCGGAGCAGAUUCUCGAGCAGCCCGUCAUCUCUCAUGUCAGAGUAGAGCUGGAGGAGCGGGUGGCUGCGCUGAACUCCGCCAUCAGGAAACCCAAGCUGAGUACAGUGACCGAGACGUCCGUGGCGGUGGUGACGACGCGCUCGCGGGAGGUGUAUUUCUGGGGCGGAGGGAAGUUCACUCCACAGAAGCUGGACAUGUUCAAGGGCGGCAGCAGUGCUCAACACGUCUGCGCUGGAGAAACACACUUCGCUGUGGUCACGGUGGAGAAAGAGCUCUACACAUGGGCCAGCGUUCAGGGAGGAGCGAAGAUGGUGGGUCAGCUGGGUCAUGGAGACCAGGCCUCAUACCGUCAGCCGCGGCGAGUGGAGCGUCUACAGGGUAAAGCCAUCCGACAGGUGUCCGGAGCCGAUUUCACCGCCUGCGUCACCGACGAGGACCAGAUCUACAUGUUCGGCUCUGAUUAUUAUGGCUGUGUGGGUGUGGAGAACGAGCUGGGAAUGGAGGUGCUGGAGCCGGUGCUGCUGGAGUUCUUCACGGAGCGUGCCGUGCGUCAGGUGUCAUGCGGAGACAACCAUGUGCUGGCACUCACACAGAGCCGAGAGCUGUAUGCCUGGGGCUGCGGAGAGCACGGGCGGCUCGGUCUCGACUGUGAGGAUGAUUUCUCCUCUCCAAUGCAGGUGGAGGUUCCUCAGGGUGCCGUCAUCGACUCUGUUUAUUGCGGCAGCGACGGCACCUUCUUCCUCACAGAGUCUGGGAAGGUUUUAGCCUGCGGAAACAACGAGUUCAACAAACUGGGUCUGAAUCAAGGCAUCACAGGAAUCAAGAACCACCCUGGAGAAGGCUAUCAGGGGAUCCCGUACACCACCACACUGACGCUGGUCAAGCUGCUGUCUCGCUUUAAGAUCCAGUUCCUCGCUCCGGGAAAGACACACACCGCUGCCAUUGAUGAGCGUGGCAGACUCAUGACCUUCGGCUGUAAUAAGUUCGGUCAGCUGGGAGUGAAGGACUUUAAGAAGCACCAGGGCGUCCAGAUCCUCGUCGGGCCCUUCGGAGGGAAGAUCGUCACCAAGGUGUCGUGUGGAGACGGGUUCACCAUCGCCGCCACUGAGGAUAAUCAGAUCUUUGCGUGGGGUAACGCUGGUAAUGGUCGUCUCGGGAUGCCGGCUGAUAAAGGCUUCGGGUCAGAGGUCUGUCCGGCUCUCCCGCGGCCCAUCUUCGGCUCUUUACACCAUGUGCCGGAUCUGUCCUGCAGGGGCUGGCAUACAAUCCUCAUCAUGGAAAAAGUGCUGAACUCCAAAACCAUCCGCUCAAACAGCAGUGGACUGUCUAUCGGGAGCGGUCAGUGCUCGACCUCCUCCGUGGAUCUGGAGACGGCCUCGGCCACAGACUCUGAGCUGCGUGAGGGGAUGCUGGGUGGAACUGUGGAGGCUGUUAUGGAUGAUCGAGGCCUGGAGACGCCCCUCUUCUCCAUGGACAGCAAGACCAACGAGAGCUCCUGCCCUUCAUGGCUGCGCAAGGAGCUGCAGGAUGCAGAGUACAUCCCGAUGCCGGAUGACUCCCGAGAGUCCAUGGAGCCGCUGACGUCCUCCUACACCGAGAGCGCCACGCUGCCCUAUGAGGAGCUGGACCAGCUCAAAGCCGCCGCUGGGAAGAGUAUGAUGAAGACAGCAUGUGUGGAUUACGAGCGGAUGAACGGUGUGGAGACGAGCCGAGGCGAGCAGAGCUGCUGUGGAGCCAAUGUCCAGCUGGAGCAGCUCAGAGAAACAGUGGAGCGGCAGGAGGGCCAGAUCCAGCUGUUACAGAAGCAGGUCAGUGAUCAGCUGCAGGAGAACCAGCGGCUCUGGAAGGCCAU